UACAGCUGCCAGUCAGUAAUGCAGGGACCGGCUUGCAGGUGUCCUGGACUUUGCAGCCCUUAGUGGAGCUUCGUCGGGCGUUGGAGCCGGAGCCUGAUCGAGAGCUAGUUGCAGAACUACAGAAGCGGGAGCGGGCAGGUGGGGGGGCAGAAUCCAACCCCCGCUUGAGGCACAGGCAUAAAAGAAUUGAGAACAGCUGGCGUGGCAGUCAAAAGAUGGAAAAUAACGUAACUACCAUUUCUCGUGAAGAACUGGAAGAACUAAAGGAAGCUUUCAGUAAAAUAGAUAUUGACAACAGUGGAUAUGUCAGCGAUUAUGAACUUCAAGAUCUUUUCAAAGAAGCCAGCCUUCCUCUUCCUGGUUAUAAAGUCCGAGAAAUUGUAGAAAAAAUUAUAGCAGUGACUGAUAACAACAAAGAUGGCAAAAUCAACUUUGAAGAAUUUGUGUCAGUGAUUCAGGAACUAAAAAGUAAAGAUAUUAGUAAAUCAUUCCGAAAAUCCAUAAACAAAAAAAAGGGAAUUACUGCGAUUGGAGGAACAUCACCAAUUUCCAGUGAGGGCACUCAGCACUCUUACUCAGAGGAAGAAAAGGUUGCUUUUGUUAACUGGAUAAAUAAGGCUCUUCAAGAUGACCCUGACUGCAAACAUCUUCUCCCUAUGGAUCCAUUGGAUGAUAGUCUUUUUAAGUCACUUGCAGAUGGCAUCCUUCUUUGCAAAAUGAUUAACUUAUCCCAACCAGAUACAAUUGAUGAGAGAGCUAUUAACAAGAAGAAGCUUACCCCAUUCACUAUAUCUGAAAAUUUGGAUCUUGCACUAAAUUCUGCAUCAGCUAUUGGCUGUACAGUUGUAAAUAUUGGAUCACAAGAUCUAAAGGAUGGGAAACCGCAUUUGGUUUUGGGACUGUUGUGGCAAAUCAUUAAAGUUGGGCUUUUUGCUGAUAUAGAGAUCUCCAGAAAUGAAGCCCUUAUUGGUUUGCUUAAUGAUGGGGAAGAAUUAGAACAGCUAAUGAAACUGUCUCCGGAAGAUCUUCUGCUACGCUGGGUUAAUUAUCAUCUGGAUAAUGCUGGAUGGAAAAAAAUAAGCAACUUUAGUCAAGACAUUAAGGACUCAAAAGCUUACUUCCAUUUAUUAAAUCAAAUUGCACCCAAAGGAGGCAACCAUGGAGGGACCACACUUUCCAUUGAUCUUUCAGGUUUUAAUGAGGAAAAUGACCUGAGGAGGGCUGAAUAUAUGCUUCAGCAAGCAGAGAAAUUGGGCUGCAGACAGUUUGUUACUCCUGCUGAUGUAGUUGCAGGCAACCCUAAACUUAACAUGGCCUUUGUUGCAAAUCUCUUUAACACAUAUCCUGCCCUGCAGAAGCCAGAAGGCUCUUCAUAUGACAUCAGUUUACUAGAAGGAGAAAGUAAGGAAGAGAGAACAUUCCGAAACUGGAUGAAUUCUUUAGGUGUAACACCUUAUAUUAACCAUUUGUACAGUGACCUUGCUGAUGCUUUAGUAAUCUUCCAGUUAUAUGAAAUCAUCCGUGUACCAGUAGAAUGGAACCAUGUCAACAAGCCACCAUAUCCUACACUUGGUGGUAACAUGAAAAAGAUUGAAAACUGUAACUAUGCAGUGGAGCUCGGGAAGAACAAAGCCAAGUUCUCACUGGUUGGUAUUGGUGGACAGGACCUCAAUGAAGGCAACCCAACACUGACACUGGCAUUGGUAUGGCAGUUAAUGAGAAGGUACACUUUGAAUGUACUAUCAGACCUUGGAGAGGGGGAGAAAAUAAAUGAUGAAACUAUUAUUAAAUGGGUGAAUCAAACUCUUACAAAUGCAAAUAAGACCACUUCAAUAACUAGCUUCAAGGACAAAUCCAUUAGCACCAGUUUACCUGUACUAGAUUUAAUAGAUGCCAUUGCACCAAAAGCGGUCCGUGCAGAAAUGAUCAAGAGGGAAGACCUUACUGAUGCAGACAAACUGAAUAAUGCUAAAUAUGCCAUUUCCGUUGCUCGAAAAAUUGGUGCUUGUAUAUAUGCCCUACCAGAUGACUUGGUAGAAGUGAAGCCAAAAAUGGUCAUGACAGUGUUUGCAUGCUUGAUGGCAAGAGGACUGAACAAAAUAAAAUAAAGAAGUUUUUUUCAUAUUUUCUGCCAUGUGAAACACAAUGAAUGCCUCAUUGUUUACAGACUAAUGCAAUUUAGUAGCUGUAAAACAAAGAUAAUUUAUAUACAUAAAUGUGCAGAUGUAUAGCAAGAUUAUUUAAAAAAUAAGUGUUUAUAUAAGAUUUCAUCUGAUAUGUUUUAUAUUUAUUACUAAAUUGUGAACUAACAUUACUAACACAAUGCAAUAAUUACACUCAGAAUUACAGCAUUAUAUAGCCUUUUAAACCGGUACAAUCUGUGUUGUUUUCUUAGUGCAAAAAUUAUCAGACUUAGCAGUUUUAGUAGCUAGUGUGAAACUAAGAUUCUGCUUACUGUGUUAUUAACAUGUACUUUUAUGCAUGUGACACCUUUGAAGUCUGAUGUCGUUUUGUUCCAACCCUAUUAUGUUGAUCAAAAAAUCAGUGUCCUUGUCUUACUGUAUGAUGGACUGUUCAAAUUUCUAUUGCUAUUUGGGUACAAAUUAAAAGAAGCAAAUUAUAACUAACCUAAUAUUCAGUAAGUUUCACUGCACGGCACUUCUUUCUGAGUAAAAAACUUCACUAUUAAUUUAGCUGGUAGGUUAAUAGCUUAAAACCAUACUUCAUUAAUUGGAGAGGUACAGUUUGACUCUUGAAGAUACAGUAUAUUAUAUUUUCUGGAGUUGCUAGGUAAUAAAAACCUAUUAAUAUUUGAGGGCUAUUUGGUGUUAGAGUAUUACUGUACUUUGACAUGGAAAAUAAAAUUUUAAACAAAGACCGGCAUAGCCAUAAUACACUGAUAUAUGUGAAUGAGGGGCAGGAUCACAACUCCUUUAUUAAAGUCCCCUCUGUAACACAGCUUUCCUUGUGAUUAAUACUGUAGUUAUUUCAAUAUUCUUAACUGUGAGUAAUGAUAAGCAAAAUUUGUAGUUAAUCUUGCUUGAGGUGGAAGAUGGAUUCAUAAGGGACUGUUGUUGAUUGUAAGCUUUAAUCAUGGAUGAGGACAGUAAGAGAAGGAUAAAUGGAAUUUCUUGUGGAGAACUUUGAACAUAUAACCCAUUGGCUCAUCUUCCAACUGUGUAAACUUGAUUGAGGAAUUUAGUUUUUGUAUUUUACACUUCCUUUAGUCCUCCAAAAAUGCAUGUGUACUGAGGUUAUGGUAGUAUGAAAACUUCCUUAAAUUUACAGUGCAUCAUUAUAUACAAUUUAUGGUGGGGUAGGGUGACACAUCAUAGUACAGAGAUACUAUUAAAAGAUAGCUGAUUAAUUCAAGUAUUAUUAUUUUUAUUGGAUUGCAACACUGAUAUUACAGGCAAAACUUGCUACUUGAAUGAGUUAUUAAAUUAAUCCAUUGAGAAUUUUACUGUAGAAAUCUGUAAUAUCAAGCAACUAUUCAUGAAGGAGGG